AUGCAACUCACCAACUUCAUCCUCGCCACUGCCGCCCUCCUCGGCUCCUCUUGGGCCACACCUCUCGAAGCCCGCGCCAAAACACCCUGGCACAUCACCGGAUGGACCUUCAUCGACGACACCUACGAAUUCUAUAUCCAAGAUAGAAAGGACUUCACGGCUCGCUGCUUCGGUCCCUCAGGCCAGCCUUUCACCGACUGCGAGCUCAUCCACGACCCGAACAAGCAUUAUGGCACCACUGAAGUGUCUGCUCGCGUGAAGCUUGUGAACGCGAAGCCGCGGUUGUUUGUGAAGUCGCUCUAUACGGACGAUACGUCCUGCACGUACCUGAGUCUUGUGAAGAAUUACAAGGCUGCCGUGACGAGUACGGCGACGGAGUUUGCGCUGAGCCCGACAGUGACGGAGGGUGGGCCGUGUGUCUCUUUGACAGCUUAG